AUGGGCAACUUUCGCGGGCAUGCCUUCCCAGGCACCAUGAUGCUCAUGCUGGGCGUUGUGCACUUCCUCCGGGCCAGCGACGUUUCAUUCCUCCGCAAGCUGCGGACUUCACAGUUUUGGAUCACUUUCGAGGCAUUCGGCUUUGCCUUUUAUGGAGCGCUGGGAGCGUUCUUGGAGUACCUGGACGGCGUUAUCGUGAAUCAUGAGAUCUUCAACGUGCGAGAAUCACACCAAGACCACAUCCACAUCACCUCCAUGGUGAGUAUGGCUGGCCUCCUCACCCUCCUCCACCAGUACAAAGUUCUAAAGGCACCCGGCUGGGGUUUGGCACUGCCUGCUGGCCUGUGCUUCAUCGCCCUGUACUUCACCGCUCAUCCUCAGCCCGACGAGUUGCUGACCUUCAGCCACCAGGUGACAGCCUUUUUGUUCUUCUUGUACGGCGUCUCGCGCUCGGCCGAGUAUCUCGUCAAUCUCCACCUGGGCAGCGAGCACCACACCAAGGUGAACGACCUGUCCGUCGCAUAUCGCCAGAGCGGUCGCCAGCUGUCGAGCAGCUUCUACCUCCUCGGCAUUCCCGACUUGCUCCGCUGCUGCUGCCGAAAGCUGGUGCGCUCGCGCUCGGACGCCGCGCAGGAGACGCUGGUGGGCAUCCAUCCGGCCUACACCAACCAGAAGAGCUACGAGACGGUCUUCCCGCUGAUCACCGCCUUCGCGCUCUUCUUCAACGGCGUGUGGUGGUGGGAGAUGGCCGUCUCGCUCUUCAUCCAGGCCAACAAGGAGGAGAUCGGCCACAACAUGAACGGCAUGCACGCGGUCCACUUCGCCUACUCCCACAUGAUCUACAAGCACCUGCUCUGGGUCCUCUCCGCGGCGCUCCUGGUCUCGCUCUUCUUCCGCUGGCUCGAAUCGCGUCUGUGCAUCCCGCAAUCGUCCGACAUCAUCGAACUCCCCGCAGAGAUCGACGACCUUGACCUCGAGGUCGACCUGCAGGUCGACGCCGACCACGGCCGUCGCACUCCUCUUCACCAACUCUGA